AUGGCCUCCGUCUUCACCUACGACCCGGAUCCUCCCCGCGUCUCGUCGCCCUGGAUUCAGGCCGAUGAUGCAGACAGCUCGCCGGGCUCCGGCGCGGCUGUGACUCAGACCGGCCUGCUGUCCGAGUAUGGCGUCACGAGGCUGGAAGCAGAGCCGCAGACCGGCCCCAUCGAGUACAAGCUGCAUCUGCUGCUGCGGUCACGGCGGAGCUACGUGUAUAUGAGCACCGUGCGCCAGAAGAGAGACAAGCUUCAUGCCCAGCCGGGAGACAUCGCGGCGCUGUACUCGGCGUCCCCGACGCCUUCCUCGUCGAGCCAGCCUCGCCAGGAGCGUCUCCAGCGCCUCACGACGCAGCUGCUGUGGCGCCUGCAGCAGUCGUCGCCGUAUCAUGCGUCGAGCUCCAGAGAAGUGAGGAUACCAAAGCUAUCCGACGGCAAGGGAGAUGCCGGGUCGCCAGAUGCCCACGGCACGCAGAUGCCGGGCCUGGAGGAGUCCCAGGGCGCGCUAUACGAGAUAGGCGUCGCUGACGAUGGAACGCUCGUCGGGCUCAGCAGGGACGAGCUGGACGAGAGCAUUGCGACUCUGAAGAACAUGGCAGCGAGUCUUGGCUGCGGCGUUACCGUGUUGCGGAUGGUGAUUGUGGGCGACUGUGAAUGGAUCGAAAUCGCGGAGCCGGAGGGCAAUGCUGCCCGGAAACCGGUCCAGGUCACCAAACAGGACAAGCUCUGGGUGGCUGAGGCCUUGAUCACGCCUAACACGGAAGUGCAGCGUUCCAAGUCGCUUCAGGAUGUCAAGAGCCAUGACGGGUCCGAUGGCGCAACUUCUCUGCAACCAUCUACGUCUACUACAGCGCCGCCAGGUCAUGCCAAGUCGACGACGCCGCAGCUGCGGGUGACGCUGACGGGCCCAAUAGCGUCAGGGAAGUCGAGUCUCUUGGGAACCUUGUCGACGGGCACUCUGGAUAACGGCCGGGGCAAAAGUCGCUUGAGCUUGCUGAAGCAUCGCCAUGAGAUGGCUUCCGGGAUGACCAGCUCCAUCGCGCAGGAGCUCAUCGGCUACAAGGAGAGGCUCAUUUUCAACUUCUCCCAUCGCAACAUUGAGUCGUGGCUCGACAUUCAUGACUACGCCAGCAAUGGCCGGCUGGUGUUUAUGUCUGAUUCAGGCGGCCACCCUAGGUAUCGACAUACAGUCUUCCGUGGGCUGAUGAACUGGGCUCCGCAUUGGAUGGUCCUCUGCAUCGCUGCAGACGACGCCGAGGUGACUCAUGAUAUGGCUUCUAUGGUCAUGGACUCGGCAGACACUGAUCUGGUCAAGGCCCAUCUGGACCUUUCGCUGAAGCUUGACGUUCCGUUGGCCAUCGUCAUCACCAAGCUGGACCUCGCGUCCAAGGCAAGCCUGCAAAAGACAAUGACGAAGAUACUCGCUGCUAUCAGGGAUGCGAAGCGAGUGCCAAAGCUCCUGCAGCCGGACCAGCAGCCACAGGAGCAGCUGGCCCAGAUUCCCCAAGCAGACUGGGACAAGGUGCAGAACUGGGUUGGCAUGGUUGACCAACAGGAAGGCCCGCUGAAGCAUGUUCCCAUUGUCUUCACCAGUGUCUUGAAGGGAGUCGGCGUCGGCCUUGUCCAUGCUCUGCUUGCAAGCCUGCCUCUGCCAGAGGCGCCUACAACGACGCCGCAGACCGGCUCUACGGAUAGUAAGGGACAUCCAGAGCAACCGGAAGGCCUCUUCUACAUUGAUGACACGUUCAAUCUGCCAAGGUCCUUUGAUGACUCGCCAUCGAGCGCGGACGGUGUCAUUGUAUCCGGUCACGUUCGCUUCGGCAGCUUCUCGGUAGGACAGACCAUUGUUGUAGGGCCCUUUUCGACAGGCCAUGGUCGUGUCUCGGCAUCCGAAGACCAAUCGUCGCCCGACGAACGUGGAUCGCCCAUGCUGAACGCAGUAGCCACCGGACAUGCCGGCAUCUCCAGGUCGUAUGACACACCGCCGGUCAUUGCUGCAGACGAGUGGCCAAGGGGCCGCAUUGUAAGCAUCCGCAACCUCCGGCUACCUGUGGGCACCUUGGAAGCUGGUCAGGUGGGCUCCAUCGGUGUCGUGUUUGAGCAAGUGCAGACCGAACUGAUGCCCCUGAAGACGGAGACGCCACAGAUCCGGAGAGGCAUGGUGAUGGCGACGCCGCCUGUUGAUGCGCUGGGCAGCGAAGUGACUCUUCAGGCUGCUCGUGGGUUUACGGCAGAGUUUGAUGAAGAUGCUGCGGAGUUCCCUCCGCUGGGCUCAACGGUCAAUGUACUCUUUGGUUGUGUUCGAACUGCUGCCCGGAUCAUUGACGCCUCGACCCAGCGCCGUGAGACAGCUACAGCAUCUGACGUCGACGAAGCAGCUGUAGCUGCAGAGCAUCGUUCUGAAGAGAGGGUAACCAAGGUAACUGUAGAAUUGAUACACAGUCGAAAGUGGGCUGAGCUGGGGACAUCAGUCAUCAUCAUGGGGAACGGUAGUCAGGACGGAUCAGGACUACAGGGUUUUGUUGGAAAGAUAACGCAUGUCGUGUCUUGA